AUGUUCAUUUUUUUAUUAUUAAGUCUGUCACUGGCAGAGUUUGAUUACUCCAAAGAUGACUUCUCUCUUUUCAGAGACUUUGAAAAGGCAUAUUCCAAGAAGUACAUAACACCAGCAGAACGUCUUCACCGCUUUUCGGUGUUCAAGAACACACUUCGAGAAAUUCGUUUCUACAACAACAAACGAAAGAACCCCUCCGACGCACAUUUUGUAAUCAACAAAUUUGCGGAUUUAACAACAGCUGAGAUGGGUAUUCUUCCUCUCAAGAACAUUGAAGUCCCACACACUGCAAAGUCUUCUCUUAAAGGAUAUGAAGAUUUUAACACAUUACCGCCAUUACCUGAGGGUGACGUUCUUCCCGAGAAUUUGUCAUAUUGUGGCGAUUAUGUGAGUAAAAACACAGACCAUCCCCAAGUCGAUUUAUGUGGCACUACAGUCGACCAGAAGUCCUGUGGCUGUUGUUAUGCAGCUGCUGUCGCCAAUCACGCGCAACUGAUCUAUGCCAAUUACACUUAUUUUAAAAAUUCAAGUAAAAUCAGUAAACUCCUUUUCACUCCGCAGAGGUUUAUAGACACAAUAUACACCGACUAUAAAUUCACUCCUCCAGCAUCUAACAAGAGAUGCUGCGGUGGAAAUUCUGGUCUUGCACUUGACGGACAGCCAACGUAUUCUCUUCAGGCAGAUUAUCAAUACGACGAUGGGCUUGUGAGUUACGGCAAUAACCCGCCCUGCACGGUCAGAGGAGACCAAAACUCGAAGGUCAAAAUUUAUUUGAGGAAAAACAGUUACAAGACGUGGACGACUGUUGAAAAAACAAGUCAUGAUGCUAAAGUGCUUGCUAUUAAGAAAAUGGUCCACCACUAUGGGUCUGUACUUGUUGCUGUUACUGCGAGUAACACCGGAUUUACUAGCUAUGCGGGCGGCAUCUUCACCUUCCCACAGGCAACUUCUGACUCAAAACCAAUUUGUAUUGAAGGAACAGUAAAAUCCGACCAUCAAGUCGCUUUAGUAGGGUGGGGGGUAGAAAACGGAAAGGAAUAUUUUAUUGGAAGAAACACAUGGGGCUCCUGGUGGGGCGAAAAAGGGUAUGUCAAGAUAUCAACUGACGUCUUCUGUGGUAUUGGAGAGUUUGUGGGGGAGUACACCUAUCCACAGAACUACGUCAUUAACUCCGGGAGUUGUGUAGUCGAUCCCAAUUGCGAGUCGUGUAAUACAGAGACUUUAGAAUGUAAUAAAUGUGUGACUGGGAGUACUAAAGAUGACCGUGGAAUGUGUAUGAAGCCCGAUCAAUAUAAGACAUAUCCAGUGACUCCUAUGAGUUGUAUUGCUGAUUGUAACACAUGUGGCUCGUCUACACUUUGCAAUUUGUGUAAUGAAGGAAUGGCGCUGUCAAAAGAUAAGAAGAAGUGCUUGGCAAGCUGCCCUGAUGGGAGUUAUGCAGAUCCAACCAAUGCUAAUAUGUGUAAAGACUGCUCAAACACUAAAUGCAAAACAUGCGCAUCAAACCCAACAAGUGGAUGCGACUCAUGUCCGACUGGUAAAGUUUUACAAAGUGAUAAGAAAGACUGUAUUGAUAAAUGUCCUGCUGGGCAAUACGCUGAUACUACUAACAACAAUUUGUGCACAGCGUGUAAAGUUAACGGAUGCGUCACUUGCACGUCGGGACCGAAUAAAUGCGACGUCUGUGAGACGGGGAAAGUCGUGUCGUAUGAUAGAAUCACAUGCGUGGACAGUUGCCCCAAAAAUUACUUUGUGAAAAAUGGAGCGUGCGAAUUGUGUCAAGAAAGUUACCCACAACCAUGUACCGAUGACGAGUGUAAAGCUUGUACUACUGUAACACCAACUCCUGUUGAUCCUUCAAAUCCAUCCAAAGAGGGAACUUUGGAAAUAAUCGUUUUAAGUGUUCUUGCUCUUAUUAUGGCGGUACUUUAA